AUGACGCGGAGAGUCUCAAUUUCGUCGAGCCAUCGUCGUCGCCGUGACCUGAGCACGGCACUUCUCCUCCUCUCGCUCCUGUUCUCGUCUCUCCACGUGGCGUUGGCCUUCCGCUUCUCCGCGGGGCUCCGCGCGGACAAGCUGCGCGGAAUGAUGCGCGGAUGGGCGCAAGGCGGACGCUCUACCGGUCAGCAGCAGCAGCAGCAGAGCGGCGGAAUCGGUGGAACCAGUAUGGGCGGCAGCGGAAUGGGAGGCAGCGGAAUGGGCGGCGGCGGAAUGGGCGGCGGCGGCAUGGGUGGCGGCGGAAUGGGCGGCGGCGGCAUGGGUGGCGGCGGAAUGGGCGGCGGCGGAAUGGGCGGCGGCGGAAUUGGAGGCGGCGGAAUGGGCGGCGGCGGAAUGGGCGGCGGCGGAAUGGGCGGCGGCGGAAUGCGUCACAAAAAAAUUUGCGAGAAAAGAAUGUUUAAGGUAUGCGGCGGAAUGGGCGGCGGUGGAAUGGGCGGAGGCGGAAUGGGAGGCGGCGGAAUGGACGGCGGCGGCAUGGGCGGACCUGGUUCCUCUGCUCCCGAAUCGCAAUCAGCCAUGGGUCCUGGGGGGAACAUGUGUGGCAGCGGAAUGGGCAGCGGCGGAAUGGGCGGCGGCGGAAUGGGCGGCGGCGAAAUGGGUGCCGGCGGCAUGGGCGGCGGCGGCAUGGGUGGCGGCGGCAUGGGUGGAGGCAUGGGCGGACCUGGGUCCUCUGCUCCCGGAUCACAAUCAGGCAUGGGUCCUGGGGGAGGCAUGGGUGGUGGCGGAAUGGGCGGCGGAGGAAUGGGAGGCGGCAGAAUGGGCGGAGGAGGCAUGGGUGGCGGCGGAAUGGGCGGCGGCGGAAUGGGCGGCGGCGGCAUGGGUGGCGGCGGAAUGGGCGGCGGCGGAAUGGGCGGCGGCGGCAUGGGAGGGGGCAUGGGCGGACCUGGUUCCUCUGCUCCCGGAUCUCAGUCAGCCGUGGGUCCUGGGGGAGGCAUGCGCGGCGGAGGCAUGGGCGGCGGAGGGAUGGGCGGCGGAGGCAUGGGCGGCGGAGGAAUGGGCGGGUCAGGGUGGUUUGCUCCAGGGUCGCAGGCAGCACCCGGCCAGGGUGGACCUGGGAUGGGCGGAGGGAUGGGCGGAGGGAUGGGCGGAGGGAUGGGGGGACCACAGUAG